AAAACGUUGACGGUGGUAUGUAAAAUAUUAUUUCUCCCCUGUAUAGUCCUAAUGUCCUAAUUUAAGUAUUUUUUUUAGUUACUUUACUUAAAUAUUAAUGUACAUUGUGUCAUUAAUAUACUAUAUUUAAAUAUACAACCAUUAAGCUUAUAUUAAACCAUAUAACAAAAAACUCAAAACUUUAAUCACCAUUUUUUAUUUUUGCAUAUUUUAUUCGAAGAAUAUAAAAAAUAAAAAGACAAAACAGAGAAAUAUUGCAUAUCAACAAGAGAGGAAGAUGUGCCAAUAAGAAUGAAGCAAUCUCACCUUAUCCACACUCCCACCACAGACCAUUUUCAUAUCCAUCAGUCUCACCCACAAACUUAUAUCUCUUACAAUUUUCUUGUAUAUAAAAUUCCACCAACGAAUCAAAAUCAUUCCUAAACACCAUCGAUCUAAUAUGGCCACAAUGAACUCCAGUGUAUUGGCCUGCAACUACGCAGUCUCCGGUGGUCUUGCUUCCCCGGACUUCAACUCAAAGCCUUCCUCCGCCGCACCUGCAGUCGUCAGUUACAAGUUGCCGGUCAUCAGGGCUAAGCAGACUGUGAGUUCAUCGUCUGGUUCCAUUGAUCAGUCGCAGCAGGGAAGAAGAGCCGCUCUACUUUGUCUGGGAGCUGCACUCUUCGCCAGUGCCACCUCCUCCGCCAACGCCGGCGUCAUUGACGAGUAUCUUGAGAAGUCUAAAGCUAACAAGGAAUUGAAUGACCAAAAGAGGUUGGCAACAAGUGGCGCAAACUUUGCAAGAGCAUACACAGUUCAAUUUGGAACAUGCACCUUCCCCUACAACUUCACAGGCUGCCAAGAUCUUGCAAAGACAAAGAAAGUGCCAUUCCUAUCGGAAGAUCUAGAGUUGGAGUGCAAAGGGAAGGACAAAUUCAAGUGUGGUUCCAAUGUGUUCUGGAAAUGGUGAUGAGUCUUUUAUGUAAACCUUGUUUGUAUUUAUGUGUGAAGAACUUCACUCUUUUGCUAUAUCUAUAUCACUUUUAAUUUCCCAUUCUUUUCCUUUCGGUAAUCAGUAUUCUUGACUAUUGUAUAUAAUGUGAAUUUGGAUGCCAUAUACUAUACGGGAACCCUUUAAUUAUCGAUAAGUACUUCUUGUCUUCAACAUAAUUAAUAAAACUUUAAUUUUAAAUCGAGUCA